AUGAUGAGAAUGAGGGAAACAUCACUGAGAACUCCUACUCGAGCUUCAUUGCGUAUUUUAAAUCUCCUGCACAUACCAAAUCAUAUACACAUAGAUGGACCAUACACUGCCCUGUUAAGUGUACGACGUACACUGAAACACCGUUCCUUAUCUCCUAAUGAUCCCUUUGGUGAAGUUGCCUCUUCUAAAGAUCCUUCAGAUGGUUUUUAUAGUGCCUGGAGUAAUGUAGACAUGGAUGCCUUUGCGAAUGCAGCGGCAAGUGAAGAGAUACGCACAGCCCACUUUGGACCAGAGUGGUCUAGGUUUACUACAAUAGGACGACUCUCGGUAAAGAAAAUGCAAAAAGAGGGAAAUGUGAAGGAAAAAGAUACAUUAGAUGAAGGAACACUAACAAGGUCUCUCACUAUGGAGGAACUCCACUCAUCUGAAUUAGAGGCACGAAGGAAAUUAUUUGAGAAGAACUAUACAAGUUAUGAAGAGUAUGUGGAAAAGGAACUGAGUAGCAGUAAUAUGGAUGAUAACAACAACAACAACAACAAGAGGAAUGAUAAUAAUAAUAAUAAUAAUAAUAAUAAUAAUAAUAAUAAUAAUAAUAAUAAUUAUCACAAUAGCAAUAAUAAUAAUAAUAACAACAGUCAAAGAGACCAUGAAAUGGAAGACUCUACAGAUGCCAUAAUGGAUGUGGAAAAUGAAUAUUCCAUGCCGCUUCCACGAUUUCUAACAGAAGAAAAAAAACACAUGCAAACAUCAAAUCAUUCAGAAUUACCAAUAACGUCGAGUAAUAUUUCAGUUUCAAAUCGUCGUGAGAUCUCGCAGGUACCAGAGUCCUUGAUGUGUGUUAUUCUUAAUGCCUUGGGUGAUCCCCAUGGGGAUCCACAACUCCCACGAACAGAUCCAUUACAUUGGAGUACAGAUGAUAUUAUUCUCUGGUUAACAAAGAUGGAAAAAAAACAAUUAGACAUGACAUCAGCCUCUACUACAGGCGUGAGAGAGAGUUUGGCAAUGGAGGAUGUAUGUAUGCAGGAGGCAUUCCGCAUGGUUCAGAUCAACGGGGAGUUCUUACUGCAGCACACGAUGCCAAGCACAAUGUUUCAAGUAAUGCGGCGAUGGUAUUUACGUCGACAAGAAAUUGGUUUGAAUAUUUUAAAACAAAAACAAAAUUUGCAAAACAAUAAUAAUAAUGAUUAUAAUUCUAUCGAACAUACAAAAAACAAUAGAAAUGUAAACUAUUGUGUUGAUAUUGUUUCGGAAAGUGUUCUUGUGAAUAAGGCUGUUGAAGAGGGUAGAGCUAAGCUUGAUGAGACUAUAUUACGCAUUACACCUUUGCUUAUUCAAGAAACCAUAUCGCAAUGCUAUCCAUACUGCCGUUAA